AUGCCGGGGGGCCCCGGCAGAGCCCGGCCUGCGCAGGUUUCCUCAUUUUCCUUAUCCGGGGCUCGGCGUGGCCCUCGCCAUUGGCCCGCGCUGUCACAUGGAGCCAACUUUGUUCACUUGACAGAAUUCAUGGCCAUGAGCUCGUUCCUGAUCAACUCCAACUACGUGGACCCCAAGUUCCCACCCUGUGAAGAAUAUUCCCACAGCGAUUACCUUCCCAAUCACUCGCCGGAAUACUACGGCGGCCAGCGGCACCAGCGGGAGAGCUCUUUCCACCAUGAGCCGAUGUACCACGAGCCGCGGGCCGCCUGCGCGGAGCAGCCGUACCCGCCGUGCCCGGGCUCCGCGCCGCCCCGCGCAGCGGCCGAGCCGCGGCCGCGCAGCCCCAGCCCGGCCCCCGCCUGCAGCCGCGGCCCCCGCCGAGCCCGUGCUCUACCCCUGGAUGAAAAAAAGCCCACUGGCCCCCGGGUUGUGCGCGCGGAGCCCAAGCGCUCGCGCACGGCCUACACGCGGCAGCAGGUGCUGGAGCUGGAGAAGGAGUUCCACUACAACCGGUACCUGACGCGGCGCCGGCGCCUGGAGAUCGCGCACGCCCUGAGCCUCAGCGAGCGCCAGAUCAAGAUCUGGUUCCAGAACCGGAGGAUGAAGUGGAAAAAGGAUCACAAACUGCCCAACACCAAGGUCAGGUCCGGCUCCUCCUCCGCAGCCCUGCAGGCCCC